AUGGAUAUGUUCCUUGUGUGGCUGCAAUGCACCUAUUUUACUUUCCAUGUUGCAGUUAAGAGAACGCUAUUUUCUGAAGAAGAAAUUUUAGACCCUCGUGAAUUAUUUCUUGGAAGUUACUGUCCAGCAACUGAAGUGGAUGAAGAAAAACUCAUAUUUGAGUACCCUAACAAUUGGUGCUCAAUUCGAUCAAGUUUUUUCACUUAUGGCUUCAUCCUACGUUCCGAGCUGCGCUACCAACCACGUAAUCGAGUAAAUCAUGCUGAAAUUCUUUUGGAGUGUGUAGUUUCCAGGACCCAUUUAGCUCCUGAUGGAUCCUGGUUCAUGGUAAGAAGAAACUACUGUGACUCAUGUAGAGCUACCCUCAACCAAGAUAACCAAUUACCAGGAGCUGGUGGACCACAGAACCACUCGGCUGGACAGCAGCCUUUCGGCUCUGCACCGGAGCCACAGAACAGAAGAUUGAGUGACUUUCCUUCUUACAAUAUCACUUGCUUUUAAAUUGUUUUAAUCUAUUGUAAUCCUGUGUGUGAUGCCUUUAAGAGGCCGUCCAUGCUUUUAAUUUUCAAUGCGGCCAAAGUCCUUAAA